CAGCCGGGCCCAAGCAUGGCUGCCCCCAGGACUGCGGGUCGGGAAGCCGCCGUGCUCGCGCUUUCCUGACAGCCCCUGGCUGCUGUGGUCUCCUUCUCUUCCCCAGGCCACUCCAGCAGACAUGUUUGCCAAGGCCUUUCGGGUCAAGUCCAACACGGCCAUCAAGGGGUCGGACAGGAGAAAGCUUCGGGCCGAUGUGACAGCUGUUUUCCCCACUCUUGGAACGGAUCAGGUCUCUGAGUUAGUACCUGGAAAGGAAGAACUCAACAUUGUGAAGUUGUAUGCUCACAGAGGGGAUGCAGUGACUGUGUACGUGAGUGGUGGUAACCCCAUCCUAUUUGAACUGGAGAAAAAUCUAUAUCCGACAGUGUACACCCUGUGGUCUUAUCCCGAUCUUCUACCAACAUUUACAACAUGGCCCCUGGUGCUUGAAAAACUGGUAGGGGGAGCAGAUUUGAUGCUGCCAGGACUAGUGGUGCCCCCUGCUGGUCUGCCUCAGGUACAGAAGGGUGACCUCUGUGCCAUUGCCUUGGUGGGGAACAGAGCCCCCGUUGCCAUCGGAGUUGCUGCCAUGUCCACAGCCGAGAUGCUGACCUCAGGUCUGAAGGGAAGGGGCUUCUCUGUGCUCCACACCUACCAGGACCACUUGUGGCGAUCUGGAGACAAGUCCUCUCCACCAUCCAUUGCUCCACUGGCCCUGGAUCCCCCAGAUCUCAGUGAAGAGAAGGGGUCUGUCCAGGCAGACACCACCUUGCAGGGAGACAUGAGGCGCCUGACCCUGGAGGGAGAGGAGGAGGAGGGGGAGGUUCAGCAGAGGUGUGGGGAGAAGUCCCUGUUGGAAGCCACAGAAGACCCCAGUGUUGGGAGCCUGAACCCAGACCCCACGGACAGCAAGACCCUUCAAGAGCAAAUGGACGAACUGUUGCAGAGAUGCUUCUUGUGUGCUUUGAAGUACCGCGUCAAGAAGGCUGACCUCCCUUUACUCACCAGCACUCUCCUGGGCAGCCACAUGUUCUCCUGCUGCCCCGAAGGACGACAACUGGACAUAAAGAAGUCAAGCUACAAAAAGCUCUCUAAGUUCCUGCAGCACAUGCAGCAGGAGCAGAUUAUACAGGUGCAGGAGCUGAGCAAAGGGGUGGAGAGCAUUGUGGCUGUGGACUGGAAGCACCCGAGGAUCACAUCUUUCGUCAUACCCGAGCCCUCCCCGACCUCCCAGACAAUCCAGGAGGGUAGCAGGGAACAGCCCUAUCACCCUCCAGAUAUAAAAUCCCUCUACUGUGUCCCAGCCAGCAUGACCCUGCUCUUCCAGGAGUCUGGCCACAAGAAGGGGAGCAUCCUCGAGGGCAGUGAGGUCCGAACAAUCGUCAUCAACUACGCCAAGAAAAAUGACCUGGUUGAUGCAGACAACAAAAAUCUUGUGAAAUUGGAUCCCAUCCUAUGUGACUGCAUCUUAGAGAAAGGUGAACAGCACACAGUCAUGAAGCUUCCAUGGGACAGUCUCCUGAACAGAUGUUUGGAAAAAUUGCAGCCUGCCUAUCAAGUGACCUUUCCGGGACAAGAGCCCAUUGUGAAGAAAGGCAAAAUCUGCCCAAUUGACAUCACCCUAGCACAGAGAGCUUCUAACAAAAAGAACUAUGGUAGGGGCUUUCAGCUCUUACUCAUUCUGUUACCUCUUGGGCCUUGCUCAGUGAAAAUAACUACUAAAGAAUCGCUGAAGGAGGGACUUCCCUGGUGGUGCAGUGGUUAAGAAUCUGCCUGCCAAUGCAGGGGACAUGGGUUCGAUCCCUGGCCUGGGAAGAUCCCACAUGCUGUGGAGCAACUAAGCCCAUGCGCCACAACUACUGAGCCGGCGCUCUAGAGCCCGCGUGCCUCAACUACCGAGCCCACAUGCCGCAACUACUGAAGCCCACGUGCCGCAACUACUGAAGCCUGCGUGCCUACAGCCUGUGCUCCGCAACAAGAGAAGGCACCGCAAUGAGGAGCCCGUGCACCACAACGAAGAGUAGACCCUGCUCGCCGCAACUAGAGAAAGCCCACACGCACCAAAGAAGACGCAACGCAGCCAAAAGAAAAAAAGAAAGGAAAGAAAAAAAGAAUCGCUGAAGGAACUGAGUGUGUUUAGCUUGGCAACACAAAGUCGUAGGGAACAAAUUACAUCUGUCCUCAAAUAUGUGAAAAGCUGUACUUGGAAAAGGAGUGCACUUAUUUUGUAUGCCUUGAGAAGACAGAAAUAAGAUUAUUGGGUAGAAAUCCCAAGAAGCCAGACUUGGGUUCAAAAUAAAGAACUUUCUAGUAGUGUGUGGUUAUGAACGUGGGCUUUGAGAUUAGAGACCUGGGUUCCAGUGUGGCCUUGCUGCUUGACUUUGAGCAAGUUACUUAAUGUUAUUUUGCCUGAGUUUCCUUAUUUGAAGAAUGGGGAUAAUACCUACCUCAUAAGGCACUGUGAGGAUCAAAUGAAGGAAUAUAUGUAGGCGAAGCACUUAGAAUAGUACUUGGCAUAUAAACGUUCAAUAAAUGAGAACCAAACAAUGAUAACCUUAAUAAUUAGCAAUAGCCGCCAUUUCUUGAAUGUGUAAUUAUGUGUGAUGAUGGUUUUGUCUUUAUGUUAAAAAGAGCCCUUGUCUUUUGGCGAUACAUACGGAAAUAUUUGCAGACGAGAUCUGAUGUCUAGGGGGAUUUGCUUUAAAGUAACACAGGAAUGGGGGUGGGUGGGGAUAUAGAUGAAUCAAGGUUGGUCAUGAGUUGAUAAUUGUUAAAAUUCAUGAUGGGUACAUGGGAGCUCAUCGUACUAUUCUACUUUUAUUUAUGUUUUAAAUUCUCCAUAAAAAAAACUUUUAAAAAGUAUAUGAAUUUUUUCAUUAUUAAAUUUGUUAUGGUGAUCAAUGGUCAGUGAUCUUUGAUGUUACUAUUGUGAAAAAGGUUACAACUCGUUGAAGGCUCAGGUGAUGGGUAGCACUUUUUAGCAAUAAGGUAUUUUUUAAUUAAGGUAUAUACUUUGUUUUUUAAGACAUAAUAUUAUUGCAAACUUAACAGUAUAGUGAGAACAUAACUUUUAAAAAUAUUUCAUUGAAGUAUAGUUGAUUUACAAUGUUGUGUUAAUUUCUGCUGUACAGCAAAGUGAUUCAGUUAUACAUAUAUAUAUUCUUUUUUGUAUUAUUUUCCAUAUGGUUUAUCACAGGAUAUUGAAUAUAGUUCCCUGUGCUAUACACUAGGACUUUGUUAUUUUUCCAUCCUGUAUUUACGAGUUUGCAUCUGCUAGUCCCAAACUCCUAAUCCUUCCCUUACCCACCCGCCUCCCCCUUGGCAACCACAAGACUGUUCUCUAUGUCUGUGAGUCUGUUUCUGUUUCAUAGAUAAGUUCAUUUGUGUUGUAUUUUAGAUUCCAUAUAUAAGUGAUAUCAUAUGGUAUUUGUCUUUCUCUUUCUGACUGACUUUGCUUAAUGUGAUAAUCUCUAGGUCCGUCCAUGUUGCUGCAAAUGGCACUAUUUAAUUCUUUUUUAUGGCUGAGUAAUAUUCCAUUGUAUAUAUGUACCACAUCUUCUUUAUCCAUUCAUCUGUAAAUAGAAUGAUAGAUAGGUUGUUUCCAUGUCUUGGCUAUUGUAAAUAGUGAUGCUAUGAGCAUAGGGGUACAUGUAUCUUCUCGAGUUAUAGUUUCGCCUGGGUAUAUGCCCAGGAGUGGGAUUGCUAGACCAUAUGGUAGUUCUAUUUUUAGUUUUUUGAGGAACCUCCGUACUGUUCUCCAUAGCAGCUGUACCAAUUUACAUUCCCACCCAGAGUGUAAGAGGGUUCCCUUUUCUCCACAUCCUCUCCAGCAUUUAUUAUUUGUAGACUUUAAUGAUGGCCAUUCUGAACAGUGUGAGGUGGUACCUCAUUGUGGUUUUGAUUUUCAUGAGAACGUAACUUUUAUAUGCACUGGGAAACCAAAAAUUCAUGUGACUCAUUUUACUGUGAUACUCGCUUUAUCAUGGUGGGUCUGGAACUGAACCCACAAUACCUCUGAGGUGUGCCUGUAUUGGAUGGGGUAGAAAGAAAAAAUCAGUUUAGAAGCACAAAAAUUAAUUAUUUGGAUGAAGGUACCAUGGUUGUAGGGAUGGUGAACAUAGUGGGUGAGGAGGCUUCUGAGGCCCUGGAAGGUUUCUGGAGGGGAGGGCAUGUGGUCUGUACCCACCAUCAGU